AUAUAUUAUUUACAUAUUGUAUCUUUUACAGGUAAUAAUGAGUCAGGAGAACAAUAAUCAGACAUACGAGGUCCAUAAAUCCGAAGAACUAGGCAGAUAUCUCGUCGCUGCUCGUGACCUCUCUCCCGGCGAUGUUGUUUUAUCAGAACUACCACUAAUCUUUGGACCAAAAGCCAUGCUUGACCCUGAAGCAUCUAUGCCAUGUGUGGGAUGCUAUAAGCCAGUAUUCACUGACGUUGGAGAAAGAUGUUCUAGAUGCGGAUGGCCUGUGUGUUCAGGAAACUGUCCAGGAUUGAAUGAUCCUCGCCACCACGGUGUUGAAUGUAUCAUUCUCAGUACCCGCCCUGAAUGCGUGCUUGAUAAUAUGGCUGAAUAUUACAGACAUGAUGCAUUAUUGCCAUUGCGAUGUCUUCUGCUCCAAUAUACGGAUCCCGAAAAAUGGAAAACGUUAUCUGAAAUGCAGUCGCAUAUGGAAUGUCGUUUGCCUGGUACGGAGAUUUAUGACGAAGCAAAUGAAUUCGUUGUGGAAUAUCUUAUAAAUAGUUUUAUUGAUAAACUAGAUGAUUCUACUAAGAAUAAAUAUCUGAAAGAUAUAUCAGCAGAUCUUAUACACGUUAUGUGUGGGAUAAUUGAUACAAAUGCAUUAGAGAUCCGAUUGCCCGAUGGAGCUGAACUUAACGCUUUAUAUCCUUUUACGUGCUUAAUGGAACACAGUUGUAUUCCAAAUACAAAACAUGUAUUCAAUCUUUGCACAAAAGACAAAAACGAUAGCUACCGAAUAACUGUUAAAGUAGUGGUUCCGAUACCAAAAGGAAGUCAUAUAGCUACGAUGUACAGUCAUGCGUUAUGGGGCACACAAGCAAGAAGACAACAUUUAAAAGACACGAAAUACUUUUCGUGCACAUGUCAAAGGUGUAGCGACCCUACCGAAUUGGGUACCUAUUUAAGCGCAAUGAAAUGUUUCGGAGACGACAAAGGACCCUGUGAUGGUGUACAUCUUCCGGAAGAUCCAUUAGAUGAAGAGACAGAAUGGGCUUGCAGUAAAUGUUCAAUUAAAGUGAAUAAUUCACAAAUAAAUAUGCUAAUAUCCCAAAUGGGCGAAGAAGUCGAAAAUGUUCAAAUGAUGGGUGGUUCAGUGAAUAUGUUAGAAAAUAUUCUAUGCCGUUUAUCAACAUUUUUACAUCCAAAUCAUUAUCACUUGUAUUCUAUAAAACAUUCACUAAUCCAACUGUAUGGCAGGCAACCUAGUUAUAUGUCGGAAGAAAUUUUAGAUAAAAAAAUAAAAAUGUGUAGAGAUUUGAUAAUUAUUACGAAAACUUUAGAUCCAGGUAAUGCUAGGCUCAGCUUAUAUAGUGCAGUACUAUAUCAUGAACUGCACUCAGCUUUAUUAUUAAAAUCUAAAAAGGCUAAAAGUGACGGUAGUAUAAAAUCUAUUGAGGAAACUAAGCCUUUGCUAGAUGAAGCAAAAGAAUCGUUAGAAGUAGCAUUAAAUUCUUUAAAAGAUGACAUUGAAGAAACAUCGGGUAAAAAGCUGUAUGAAGUUAUAGAAGAGAGCCAACGUGAUUUCAAUAAAUAUUGUAAAGAAAAGAAUAUUUCAUUUUAAAUAAAUGUAAUCAUUAAACUCAAAUAAAUUAAACAAUUUGAAAUCUUAACUCUAGUAUCACAGUUAUUACAUUAUUUGGAUAUGGAUAGCAAUAUUAUUUAUAGUAGUUUUUGGUAACUGUCAAAGCAUCAAUGAAUAGUGUUGUCGUUAAAAAAAUCUUUCAGCCUUUCUUGUAUACCAGCUUAGGCCAGAUCUUGUGUUAUCUUCAUUAACAGAUGAUAUUAUCCAUUCAGUAAACUUAGAUACUCUAGAAUAUAUUCCUGGCAUUUUAGCUCUGGCACAACCACUGCCUGUAGAUACCACACCAAUCACCAUUGAAUGGCCUUUCUCUUCUUUAACCAUCAAAGGACCACCACUGUCAGCCUGAAAUGACAAUACGUUAGAAUGCUACCAUAAAAAGUAUAUUAGUGUUAAACUAUGCAACUGUUUUAUUUAGGUUUGUGUUACAUUUGUGUUACGUAUACAACAUAUAUUUGUUUUUAAAAUUUUUGUUUGUUAAGUCAUACUUUAGGUAUUUUUACUAUGUUAGAAUAAAGAAGAAUUAGUUUUA